AUGAUGCUUCAUCGCAUAAGCCGAGGCGCGACCGUCGCUUCUGUUCAGCAAGCAUUGCGUCGGUCAGCCACGACACGAUCACAGUGCCGAACGUUUCACUUUAGCUCAUCAGCGGCCAAGAAAUCAGAUCAGGACGGCAACAAGCGUGUGGCCAGCGCCACUUCUUUCUUCCUGGACGCUAAGGCCGCGUGCAAGGGCAAGCGCUGCGCUCUGGGCAAAGACAAUAGCGGGAUUGAGUCGAAUCCUAUUUCAUGUGGAGAGGAUUCAUUCUUCCUUACACCUGACGUGGUGGGAGUGGCUGAUGGCGUUGGUGGUUGGAAUGAGAAUGGAGUCGAUCCGGGUAAAAUCUCGCGUUCGUUGAUGCGCAAUGCGGCCGUUUUCGUGCGACAGCAGAUGGCCAAUAAUGAUAGUGUCUCAACAAAGGAGGUGCUGUCGUAUGGAUACAAUAAGGCAUUGCUGGAUGAUGAAGUGGAGGCAGGUAGCACGACUGCUUGUAUUGUAAGACUGAAGCAAUCGACCGAUUGCAAGCCGGUGCUCGAGUACUCGAACCUCGGAGACUCGGGCUUUGUGGUGGUCCGUAAUGGCGAAAUUAUUUUUCAAAGUAAAUUUCAGUGUUACGGACAGGCACCGUAUCAACUGGCAAAGAUCCCGCUGCGGUUUAAAAAGUACGGUGCCAUUGAGAACCACCCUGAUGAUGCAGAUUCGGGUGAGAUCGAUGUGCAAGACGGGGAUCUCGUGGUGCUAGCUACCGAUGGUGUAUGGGACAACUUUGCACCUAAUCUCCAGAUGACGCCAGCGCGGUUUCCGCCGGUGCUCUCUUGGCGACGGUUCUGGUCAGGCGGACUAGCGUCAUUUGCGGACGUUAUUGCCGAGAAUCCCGACAAGGCUGCUGAGAACAUUGUGCUGGCCUCACUCCGCCACAACCUCAAACCGGACGACAUUACGGUUAUCGUGGCAAAGGUAGUCGUGAUGACGUCUAAGCUAUAG